AGCUCAGAGCCACCAGCCCCCACAGGCUACCCCAUCCCCUCAGAUGGGGUCUUUGCCCCUGGUUUCUCUCCCUGGGCUGGUACCAAUGAGCCUCUUUUCUCUUUUGGACUGGGGCUACAGUGCCACCAUAACAGAGGUUCCUGGCAGGAAGGACACUGACACUCCUUCUCUGUCCCCACAGGAGAUCAUCGAUCUGACCUGUGAGGACACAAGCACAGACCCAGUGCAGCUGAGUGUGACUGAGGACAUCUUCAUCGCUGCGACUGAGGACGCCUGCAUCCUUCUACACUGCACCUGCAGUGCUGACCAGGACCCCAGGACUGCACUUGCUGCCCCAGCAGCACACACAUCCCAUUCCCAGCUCUACUUCACCGUGAAGGAAGAAAUGGAGGCAGUGGCAGAGCCAAUCCCUGCACCAUCCUGGCACAGCACUCCCCUGAAGCCCAGUGCCACCACGGACACAGCAGAAAGCAUGGAGAACAGGAGCUGCCUCUCUCCUGCCUCCAGCUGCCACAGCUCCUGCAGCUCGGAGCAGGACUGCAGUGCUACCAGCUUUAAUAGUGACCUGAGUUCCCUGCCCAGCAUGCAGCAGGACUCAGCACCCCCCAGCCUGGACAGCAAUAGCAGCUGGAAAGCUACUGGCCCAGAGGAAGAGCCUCCCCCCCUCUGCCAGGAAAGGGACCUCCCCCCAAGGCUGAGCCCUGCCCCAACCCUUCCCACAACCCCAGGGAAGGCCCGAGGGUCUUUGCUGGAAACAAAUGACAUACCACACGAACCAACCCAGCAAGCGACCCCAGCCAGGAGUGAUGAUGACAGCAAGGCCUGGCUGGACAAACUGCACAGUUUCAGGAGGAGUGGAGUCCAGCACCUCUUCUUCCAAGGCAUAGCACCCAGCAGGGAAACACAGCAGCAGAAACCUGAGCUCAUCCCCAGAGGGAAGCUGAGCAUGGUGCGCACCACUAUGGAGGAGAACUUCCUGGAGGGCACCUUGCAUCUCCUGAAUGAGUUCGUCUCCUGCCAGCAUUAUCCCCCCAAAGAUAUCAUCUCCCACCUCAUCAGACAGGUCCUGUUGAAUGCCCAUGAAGAGGAGAUCUUGAAGGACACCUACAUGCUGCUGAUGAAGAUCCAAAUGCUCCAUCCAGCCAACGCUGCCACAGUGGGAUGGGACUGGACGCUGCUGAAAGUCAUCAUGGAGGACCAGGAGAAGCCCCCUGGCCGGCUCCUCUUCCUGCAGUAUGUGGUGCAGACCCUGGAGGACGACUUGCAGAAGAAUCUGAGGUUGCACCUGCUGCAAAAGUCGAUUGCCAAGAAAGUGCUUUCGUGUGACAUGUGCUUCAACAAUGUCAAGGAAGUGGUCAAAUGGUUGGUCGCAGCUAUUACAGGAGUCGGGUUCUGCCAGCCCCAGGAGAAGCCACAAGAAACUCCCUCCUCUUCAGCAGAAGCCAGGGCUGAACACAGCUCAUCUGCACCAAGUCUAGCCAGCACACAGGCUCCAGCAACUUUCUUUGCCCAAAAGGUGAUGCUCCUGCUCCAGCGGAUGUUGUCCAUCGCAGUGGAAGUGGACAGAUCUCCCACCUGCAGCUCCCAUAAGAUUGCAGAUGAGAUAUUCCCAUUUAUACUGAAUAUCCCCCUGAGGAGCCAAAGGGAAGCUUUAUUAAACACCAUGGAGAGCCAGCUCCUGCGCUGCAGACUGAUAGAGCUGCUGUUCCAGCACAGUUCUGAUGUGCCCUCAACCUCAUCUAUGUCUCUGGAGAAAAUCCUGUAUUUCCUGAGCCACUUCUCUGUGCUGCUGCAUUUUGAGGAUGAAACAGCAGCGUGGCAAAGGUGGGAUGAGAUGCUGCAGUACUUGAGUUUGCUGCUGAUGAGUUACCAAAGUGUAAUACACGGUAAGCAGCUUGUUCUGGCCUCAUCAAGAGGCUGCAGUAGAACUGCCAAAUUCCCUUCCUCCUCCCUUCUCAUCGCUCUUGAGCUCACAGCCACUGAGUCUUUGAAAGACAAUGUGCCUCUGUCCAUGCUAGUAACUAUUCCCAGCAGUCAAAGAAGUGAUGUUGCAUCAAUCAGAGCACCCAACUUACUUUGCCAAGUUUAGCCCCUACAAGCCCUUCACCAUCCUCACAGCCUCCUUUGGACGCUCUCUUUGGUAAACCCAGGACACUUUCAGCACUUAGUAAACUGGGCAGGGAGCACCACCCACAGUAGCCAUGGAAAGAACAGCAUUUCUGAUCCCAGGAGAAUGGCAGUCACAAAACACUCCCUAAAACUCCCCAAAGUAAUUUUACCAGAAAAUUCUUCAAGUCCCUUCCCAACUUCAGCUGCUUUAGCCCAGGGUUAAGGCUCUCAUGAAAGAAUGCAGAGGAAUCCACCAUCACAUGUGCAGUUUUACUCUCCCUGAAGCCCUAGACAAUGUUACUGUUGUUGAGCUCUUUGGAGACUCCUUUGCAGCUGCCCAUUCUGCCACUCACACAGGAGAAAAGGAUUCUACAAGCCUUGCCCCUUCCCCAUUUCUUGGGCUCUCUCCACAUGCAGACUGAGCUCCAGGAGGGGCCAGUUCCUUCUUCCCUCAGUCUUGUGCAGAAGCAUCAGGGAUAACCGCAAGAGGAUGAGCCCCAUUCCCAACUGCUUCUCACUCUGGCACAGCGCUGC